CGAAUCUGUCAGCUGGCUGUCAGUUGUGCUGUCAGUUCUGGUGUCAAGUUGUUGGUUAUGGCGAGCUGCAAGCCAGGAAAUAAUAAUAAAACGGCAUUUUUCGGUUAUAAUGAUAAUUUUCUAUUAAGUGCUAAUAAUGCAUAGGUUACUAAAACCGAGUGGAACACCUCUGCAUCAUUAUCCGGGAAUAUCAUUUUCAAAAUUUAGUGAAAAUUGGAAUCGUACUAUGACCGAAAAAACGUGCCUAUUAUGUAAACGUUCGAGUAUUUCAGGAAGUCAGGUCAGAUUGCAGUCCACCAAUGUCAAUCCGAUUGUACAGGCCAAAAACCCUAAAAAGCGGAGAAAGAUUAAGAACUAUGUAGAACUUCUUGUAGUUAGACCAAAUGCAACAUCUCAACAGAAAGCCACCAUAAAGAAAUUAACUUCCAGUGACUUAAAACUUUUAGCUAGUACGAAUCUUAAUCUUAGUGAGUUGUAUAAAUUGAAAGAGCUGUCUGAGACACCAGUGAAUACAUCUGUAGAACAUACAUAUAAUAACUUAAACAUUAUUGGCAAUAUUCCUAUUACAAAUUCAGAGCCCAAAUUGGAGUUUAUCAAUUUAAAUGUAGAUACUAGGAGUGAAAAAAUUGUAGUAUGUGAAAUACCUAGCUUAACGCCACCUGAGGUAGCUACAACCAAAGUCAAAAAUAUCUUGCCCUUGGUUGAGGAGGCUAUUGAACUUGAAGAAGAGGAGGAACUUAAUCAGUCAAAACAUAGAGGAAGCUUACACCCUGCAUUUGUUGAGGAACAUAUUCCUGAUGUGAUUGAAGCCAAAGAAGAUUCAGCUGCACCAGUUAAGACUGGGGAAACCAAUGCCAAGCAUGAAAAAAAAUAUUGGGAGGAAAUUACGUCAAGAACGUUAGCAUCCUACAUUGAAGUCUGCUGUCAUUUGAGGAACCCCCAACGUGGUCUUAAUGCACUGGCUUUCUACAGGGCUCGUUCAAAAAGAUGUACUACCCAAUUUCCAUCAGUCAAUAAUGUCAAAGUUUAUAAUGUGCUGCUGAAAGGAUUUGCACACAAGGGAGACUUUGCCAAAAUACAAGAGGUCCUUCACAUCAUGACAGAAGAAAAAGUGCAGCUAAAUGUACAUAGCUUUGUCGCCAUAUAUGAAUGUUUAGGUAGAGUAAACUUUAAAGAUAAUCAUUUGAGAGAAAUACGAAAGUAUGGGAAGGAAGCUCUAGCAAAAGGAAUCACAUUCCAUAAAAUGAUGAAUGAAGGUACUUUCCUUAAUGACGAACGAGAAAUGGUUCUGAGAAGUAUGCAAGCAUAUGAUGCCAAAUAUUCUACUCUAUAUGACAAACCAAUAGUGUGGUACAACAACCAUUUACUCAAUCAUUUGAAUCAUGAUGCUCAAAAAGAUUUUAAAGAGAUUCAGUAUGAGCCUAACCGGGGUUUAUUUACCCCUGAAAGGUUGAAGGAAUGUGUUGAUAGGCAGAUUGAACUGGAAAGAGAGGGAUAUGUGACAGUUGAAAGCAUAGAGGCGAGAGGACCAGUGUCAGAAGAAGUGCAAAGGUAUCGGACAACCUUGGAUGAACAUUAUAAAAUGUGGGAAGAGUCAGCUUUACUAGCGUUCUACCGAGAUUUGCAAACUUUGUCUGCUCAAAGAAGUGCUAUGAAUUUGGAGCCUUAUCUAAGGUGUAUACCAGUGAAAUAUAUUGUGGCCAUUAUUGUUGAUGAAGCCAAACGUAUUGCACAGGGAUCUGAAACGUACAGCCCAACAGUCAAAAUGCUUUACCAGGACUUGGGAAAUAAAGUUUAUGCUAGGUAUACGGUGUUGAGAAAACAAAAAACUGGUGUUCUAGACAAAAUAAUAGAUAUUCAUACCAAAUAUUGCCAACAGUAUGCAGCGUUACACUCAAAGUUAGACGUUUCACCUGACAAGGAAUGUCUAAUCAAUUCACGACAGAUUUGGCAAUGGGCUGAGCAUAAUUUGAAAGAUCAUGGAGCUACUCUAAAAAUGGACCAUCAAGAAUGGGUACCCACUACAUUACAGUUCAUUGGAAAAUUUCUUUAUCACAUUAUCAUGCAUGACCUGAAAGUUGACGUGAACAGUCUCAGAAAAUCACAGCACAAAAACUACUUGCCAGAUUUUUGGUAUAAUUCUUUUGGGAUCUCUGACUGUCGAACGCGGAGGUACCACCCGGAGGAACUCGUAGGCGGGGUCAGAAUGUGUGCAUGUUGAAUGCACACGUGUUCCCUCGCCAGAGUCCGUGUAGCGUUCCCUCUUUCCCCUGUAUCCCCCUAUAGCCCCACAGUACUUAGGCCUUAGGCCUUCGUGGUGGUUGGAGUAUGUAUAUAAAAAAAUGCUUCCAUUAAUUUUUCACUAAAGCUGACCAUUUUCGAAUUAUAAGCGAUUUAAUGUUUGAAAAGCCCCAAAAGUGGGAAUAAUCAAUGCUCAAAAACUCAUUGAAAAUCAUAAUUUUCGAAGCCGCCAACUAUUUAAAUUAAAGUUUAAACCUUGCUUUAAAAGACCCCGAAGAGUAUUUUGAGAUUACUUUAUUUCAAGCGAUUUUUAGCUUUGUCUUUUAGGCCAACAUUGACGAACUUUUGUUUUUCGAAAACUGUACCAACCAAGUGCUGCCACCAACAACCUGUGUAUACUACUACUAUAUACCUGUCGACCACCGUCUUUUGGCCCAAGCGUUGCCAUCUCUCGGACUGUUGCCGCAGAUUAUAAUUUUUUUUUCCGUCAUUGGCAAUAAUUAAAAGGGGCCUUGAGGGAUGAUCUCUGAAAUAUCUAAAUAUGCAAAUGGCUGGACAUCUUGGAGAAUGUUAAUCAAUGAUAUGAUAUGUUGCGGCUCUGUGUUGCCUAUCAUAUGAGACAGCAGCAUUGAAUCAUUUUGCGUUGGAUAUAUAGAACUUAUAAAAUAAAAAAUAAACACUUAGCUCUCAUAAAAACUCCAGUAAAAACAAAUGUCUUUUGUUGGCAGCCUUCUACACGAUAUUUCGAUCCCAAAACCUAAUAGUAAAAGAGGAAGUAAAACCUCAUCCGAUUCUAUCGAAGCUUUACCGUAAUUCCUUACCUGAAACCUUGACUUUCCCUACCUAUGAACUACCUAUGCUCUGCCCACCCGUUCCUUGGACAUCCGUGCACAUGGGUGGGUACUUGGUGUCUCCCUGCGAAGUGGUCAGGCUGCCUUAUCAGGCCACCACUCAGAAACAGAGGCUGGCCAAGGCUGAGCCUCAGAAACUGUACCCCAGUCUAGACGCACUGAAUCAGCUUGCAGCUGUCCCGUGGAAGGUCAAUCAAAAGAUACUCGAUGUUGUCUUGGAGGUUUUCAACAGUGGAGGUUCCUCAAGCUUAGACGUGCCUGAACUGCCUUCAUCAUUACCGCCUCCACCUCAAAUAAGCAAUGAAGUAGACAAAUUUGAAAGGUACCAAUUAUUCAAACAGAAGAUGCAAUAUAGAAGAAAGAAGGCUGAGAUGUAUUCUUUGUGGUGUGACUGCUUAUAUCGACUUUCAUUGGCAAAUCAUUUUCGGUAUGACGUGUUCUGGCUACCGCAUAACAUGGACUUCAGAGGUAGAGUUUACCCAGUACCUCCUCAUCUCAGUCAUCUUGGAUCUGACGUGGCACGUUCCAUGUUGGUUUUUGCCGAACCAAGACCAUUGGGACCUGAAGGACUUGAUUGGUUGAAAAUCCACUUGGUUAACUUGACUGGUCUGAAGAAACGGGACUCUAUUAGUGAAAGGUUGGCUUAUGCAAAUCAGAUAAUGCACCUGAUUUUCGACUCUGCUGAUCAUCCAUUGACUGGUAAACGAUGGUGGGCAGAAUCUGACGAACCUUGGCAAACAUUGGCUUGUUGCAUGGAAAUCGCUGACGUUGUUAGGUCUCCAGAUCCAGAAGCGUAUAUGUCGCAUUUUCCUAUCCAUCAAGAUGGCAGUUGUAAUGGGCUUCAGCAUUACGCAGCUUUGGGUCGCGACGCUAGUGGUGCCUUCAGUGUGAAUUUGGCUUCAUCAGAUCUACCUCAGGACGUUUACAGUUCUGUGGUUGCCCUCGUAGAAGAACAAAGAGCUAAGGAUGCUGAAAAUGGCAACGAGAUUGCAAAGAUCCUGUCAGGAUUUGUGAAGAGGAAAGUCAUCAAACAGACAAUUAUGACGACGGUGUACGGUGUCACAAGAUUCGGAGCUAGAUUGCAAAUUGCCAGACAGUUGAAGGAUAUCGACGAUUUUCCAAAAGAAUAUGUCUGGGCUGCCUCAGCUUACCUUACAGGUCGAACGUUUGAUUCAUUGCGAACGAUGUUCACAUCGACACGAGAAAUUCAAGAUUGGUUCACGGACUGUGCGAAGUUCAUCUCUGGUGUCGGUGGACAGCAUGUCGAAUGGGUUUCUCCCUUGGGGUUACCGAUUGUACAGCCAUAUUUCAAACUUAAGAAGAAAAUCCCACAAGAAGGCUUCGCUAUAGAUAAAUAUGAGAAACCGAAUAUGAUGAAGCAAAAGAACGCAUUCCCUCCAAACUUCAUACAUUCUCUGGAUUCUAGCCAUAUGAUGCUGACCUCUCUCCAUUGCGAAAGGGCUGGCGUUACUUUCGUCUCGGUGCAUGACUGUUACUGGACUCAUCCCUCUACUGUGCAUAUUAUGAACAAGAUUUGUAGAGAGCAAUUCGUGGCUUUACACUCGGAGCCAAUUUUACAAGACCUGUCAAACUUCCUGGCUGAUAAGUACAGCUAUAAAGAAGGGGAGAUCACCGGUGAUGGCUCUGUUAGCGAUUUAACUAAGAAGAAAUUUAAUAGGAUGCUACGAAAGUUACCGAACACUGGGAAUUUUGACAUACAUCAAGUUUUAAAGUCUGUAUAUUUCUUUAGCUAAUGUAAGCUUACCAGAUUGUUAAGUUUGUUGAAUAUACGUUUUUUACUUU